UUUAAACAUGGUUGAGGACACAAAGUGGACAGUGGAGUGUGGGUGCUUGCUAGUGACACGGACAGCCGCCGCCGAGCAGUCUUUGGCUAACUGUCUGACAACCCUGCCGUAGUCAGCCCGGCCAAUUUACCGUGACUCAGCGGCGCGGGACGGUGGUUGCCGCCAUAAUUUAACACACAAGCAUGGGCAAGAGGAAGAGGGAACGGGCAGAGGCGAUGCAAGCCGCGGAGUUAAACCCACUGCCCCUCGUGGUCCCUCCGCUAGUCAGGGAAUCAGACGAGCCCGUAAAGAAGAAGAUUGCAGACAUGAAGAACUGUAACAAGUGCAUUUACUUUAAGAACUGCAAGGACUUGUACAUAUGGGUUGCCAAUGUGAAGGGUGGCCCGUCUAUCAAAUUCCACAUACGUACUCAAUGUGCACACAAUGAAGGAACCAAAGAUGACUGGUAACUGCUUGAAGGCUUCCCGGCCACUGCUCAGCUUCGACCCAGCCUUUGACAGUCACCUGCACUGGGCCCUCUUGAAGAACCCCUGGUGCAGACAUUCAGCACACCCAACCUGCUGCCCAAGAGUCAGCUAUUCCACAACCAUGUAUUCUGCUUCUCCAUCCUGGACAACAAGAUCUGGUUUAGGAACUACGAGGUACUGGAUACUGACGGCAAGUUUUCUG